AUGGUAGGACUAUCUAGCACAGCAUUCCUCGUCUUUAAUCGCGUUAUUGGUACAAGCAUCUUUGCUACGCCUAGCACAAUUCUCCGAGCAUCCGGGAGUGUUGGUCUGUCCUUUGUGCUAUGGCUCAUUGGUGCGUUGGCAGCUGCGUGCGGCACCGCGGUGUACAUCGAGCUUGGUACUGGUCUCCCACGCAGUGGUGGUGAGAAGGUCUAUCUAGAAUUCAUGUACCGCCGCCCCAAGCUACUCGCGACAUGCGUGUACGCUGCGUAUGCCUUACUGAUUGGUUGGUCCGCGGCAAAUAGCAGUGUCUUCGGUGAAUAUAUCUUGCAUGCGUUUAAUCCCGCACAAACACCUUCCGAUCUAUCGAAACGACUCGCGGGCGUUCUCUGCAUUACCUUCUCUUUCAUAAUACAUGGCACGCGGCCGCGGUGGGGUAUCUUUCUUCAGGACACCUUGGGUGUCUUGAAGAUUAUAGCGCUAGGCAGUAUCGCGCUGAGCGGUCUGGCUUCCCUCGCAGGAGUACCAGGAUUUGCUAUACCUGAUCCACCAAAUAAUUUCGAGUGGCAGAAUUUCUGGGAAGGCAGCGGACAAAAUGGAGCCAGCGCGCUCGUCAUGGGCCUCUUCACGGUUGUGUGGUCUUUCGUUGGCUACAACAACGCGAACUAUGCGCUAUCAGAGGUACGCGACCCGGUGCGCACCAUAAAGCGGGCCGCACCCGUUGCAAUGUCGUGUGUCACCAUCGCGUAUAUUCUCGCGAACAUCGCAUACUUUGCUGUAGUCCCAAAGGACGAGAUCCUUGGAAGUGGAAGAAUCGUCGCCGCGCUGUUCUUCGGGAAAUUAUGGGGAGUAGGUGCUGAGAGAAUCGUCGCCGGAAUCGUAGCGAUGUCCACGCUAGCCAACGUUCUGACCGUCUUGUUCACUCAAGGGCGCGCAGUGAUUCAAGAGCUCGGUCGCGAGGGUAUUCUGCCAUUUUCGGGAUUCUUCGCAAGUAGCAGGCCAUUCAAUGCACCAUUGACGGGUCUUGCCACCCAAUGGCUUGUCAGCUCUUCUCUCGUGCUCACAAUCCCACCGGGUGAUGCGUACCUGUUCAUGCUCAACAUGAUCACGUACCCCCUUGCUCUCAUCAAUGCCUUCGUCUCUGCCGGGCUACUCUUCCUGCACGCACCGCCGUCAAUCCGAGCACGCCUGCCCUGGUUCGAAUAUGAUGCCGUAUGGAACCCACCGUUCCGCACGUGGACACCCGUAGUGCUCCUGUUCUUCCUAUCGAACGUGUUCCUUGUCUUUGCACCUUAUGUUCCUCCCGCACCUGGAUUUCGAGUGUACGAGAACCUGCCGUACUGGUUGCAUGCUGUCGCCGCAACCUGCGUCUCGUUGAUAGGUGCCGCGUACUGGUACGUCGUCUGGGUAUGGCGGCCGCGACGCGGUGGUUAUACUCUUGUGCGAGAAUGGGUUAGAGAAGAUGGAGCCACUAGAGGAGUCAUCAAGAAAGUCAAACUGAGCUUUCACGAUACUUGA